AUGGAAUUCAAUCUUAUCUUUGUCCCACAAAAAUCAAUUAAAGGAAGGGUUUUGGCUGAUUUCUUGGCCAAUCAUCCUUCGACUGAUAUUGAUCCACAAGUUUAUGAUGAAUUAGAGUCAUCAGCCAUUUUCCUAACUCCUUGGAUAUUGACGUUCGAUGGAUCAAGCAAGGCCGAUGGAGUAGGAGCAGGUAUUGUUAUCAUCUCACCAGUUGGAAGAAAGACUUCAUUGUCAUUUUUCUUAGAUUUUAAAUGUUCAAAUAAUCAGUCUGAAUAUGAAACACUUAUAAUCGGCCUAGAAAUUUUAAUUAAAAAGGCUGUUGGAGAUAUAAAAAUUUUGGGAGAUUCAAACUUGGUACUUUGUCAAAUUACUGAAGAUUUCAAAUGCUUAAGUUGGCAAUUAAGGCUGUUUCAUUCUCUGGCUACUUCAUUGAUGAAUCAAUUUGAUAAUGUUCAACUUAAGUUCUGGCCAAGUGGACAGAAUAAAGAGGCCAAUAACAUGGCCUAA